GCGGGCGGGCGGGCGUCACGUGACACCCCGCUCAUGUGACGGAGGAACAAAAUGGCUGCAACUGGCGACGACGCCGCAGCCAUGGACAGCAUCUCCAAGGCUCCGGCGCCGCACUCGGCGGCUCUGAACCCGGUUGUAAGCUCCGGCAGUCACGGGGAAGCUCCGGAGGUGGUGACGGAAAGCCCGGCGGCCGUGGUGCCCAAGAAGCCGAACACGAACAGUGACGGUGGUGUGGAGACAGCAGAGGAGGCUGUGGAGCCUGCAGAGCCCGACAUCAACGAGCUGUGCACGGAUAUGUUUGAGAAGAUGGCCGUGUUCCUGCAAGGAGAGCUUACAGGAACAUGCGAGGAUUACCGUCUGUUGGAGAACAUGAACAAGCUCACCAGUCUGAAGUACAUGGAGAUGAAGGACAUCAGCAUCAACAUCAGCCGUAACCUGCAGGAUCUCAACAACAAGUACGCCAGCCUGCAGCCGUACUUGGACCAGAUAAAUCAGAUUGAGGAGCAAGUGUCUUCACUUGAACAGGCCGCUUACAAACUGGACGCAUACUCCAAGAAACUGGAGGCCAGAUUCAAGAAACUGGAGAAGCGAUGAGGGGGAGGAAGAGAGUUACGGUGCCUUCUCACCUCCUUUAACCCAACUCGGCCUUUGCCUUCCUCUCUCUCCCUGCCAGCGGAGCCCAGGAGCUGCAGGGAGGAUGUGAACUGAGACUGAAACAACAAACAGUCAGAGCCACUUAGACACCUAGAAAAGACGAAAGAUGAAGCAGCAGCUGAAGGCACAUGAAUUAUUACUGCAGCGCUUGGCUUAGAUCGAACUCCAGUAAUCACUGAUUUUUGGCGGCAGUCGUGCCGCCAAGAUGUAUGAGAGUGUGUAUGAUUGUACACCCACGAUGACCUGUAAUUACCAGCAUAUCCUAACGGAGUGUUGGAAUCAGAGUACUAAUUUAUUACUAAACAAAAAGAAGAGUCGUCCACCACCACCACCAGAGUAUAUCACAACACUUUUGUCAUAUGAUGAAGAAUUUGCUGAUGAAUUUGUUUUUAAUAAUGUCCCAGCCCUCUUAGGCAACAGACGUCUUGAGUUUGAGUUGAGUAGAGUUUGUGACAAAAGAAAAACUACUGUGUAGAGAGACACUAGCUCUGUGGAUUAUUGUAUUAUUUGUAGAUAUUAACAUUGAACUGGAGUUUGUUUGUUUUUUUGUAAAUAAACCAUGAUCCAUA